GGGAAACGAGCUAUGGAGCUCAGAUCCGGAGCUUCACCAUCCUACGAAUCCUCCAAGUUUUAAGGAUCCUGCGCGUGGCUCGGGCUGCUCGGAUCAUCAACUCCCUGCCAGAGCUGCGGGUUUUGGUCAAGGGCAUGGCGAUUGCGAUGCGUUCGACGAUUACGAUCCUUGCCUUGCUGCUCAUCGUGGUCUACAUAUUUGCAGUCGUCUUCACACAGCUCCUGUCCGGCAGUCAUGUUGCGCCCGGUUGGUUCGACAGUGUCCCCCAGUCGAUGAACUUCCUGCUCUUGCAGACCUUAGCGGGGGCUGAUGUGAAUGUCAUCAACAAGCUGCUGGCCGCAGGCUGGAGCUACUACUGCCUUUACCUUUGCUUUGUCUUUAUGGCGUCCUUGACCCUCAUGAACAUGCUGAUUGGAGUGCUUUGUGAGGUCGUCAAUGUAGUGGCUCAGGUGGAGGAGGAGCGAGCUUUCCACGAUCAAGCGCAUCAGUUUAUCGAGACCUUUGUUCGGACUUUGGACAUGGAUGGCGAUUGGAUGCUCUCCCGCGACGAGUUUUUAGAGGUCAUGGAACGUGAUCCGCAACUGAUGACAGGGCUCAACAACAUGGGCAUCGACGUGGUGGCUUUCUGCGACAAUGCGAUUGCCCUUUUUGAUGAUUGUGAAAGGAUGGAGGUCAGUGACUUCGUCGAGUUGGUCACGCAGUUCCGAGGUCAGAAGCAGACCACGGUGAAGGACCUGGUGGACAUGCGAAAGUUCAUCUCCAUGCAGCUUCGGCGCGUGUCGGACGAACUGAGCAAACAUGCCCAGAACGUGCGUAUGGCAUGUGUCACAGAGAACAUGCAACGGACUCCAGGGCUACUCAGCAUGUGAAGGCCAAGGGUGCAUCUCAAGAUGGAACUGGAGGGUGC